AUGCUGGGCUUCAGUCUCACUUGUCUCGUGGUACACACACACAGCACACAUCUGGGAUCUCCUACCUGCUCAGCCAACAGGACGACUUGCUCCUUCUUCUGUUUGGGCAGUAAAGUCCAUCAGAUGCCGAGUGACAUUCCGAAAAAUACCACAUACGUGGAGAUCAAGCUGACUCAGAUCACUGUGUUUCCAAAAUGGGCCAUCUCAUCACUUCACGAGCUCAAACGAAUAAUGGUGUCUGAGAACGGUGCCCUCAAGGAAAUUGGAGCCUACGCAUUUGCAAACCUAACGAAACUAGAAGAGAUAACUAUAACUAAAUCAAAACACCUUCUGAGUAUGGAGAAAGAUACCUUCUGGAGACUUCCAAAGCUGAGAUAUCUGACUAUUUCAAACACCGGUCUUACAGUGCUUCCUGACUUCUCCAAGGUCCAGUCUGCUGCUCUAGAAUUUUUAUUUGACCUACAAGAUAAUAUGCACAUAAAAGUGAUACCUAGCAAUGCUUUCCUUGGACUUACAAGUGGUAUCAUAACUGAGCUGAGGCUGACAAAGAAUGGAAUCACUGAAGUGGAGAGAAAUGCCUUUAAUGGAACCAAAAUGGAAAAACUUUUUCUCAUGGGAAACCAACAACUGAGGCAUAUCCACAGCUUCGCCUUUCUAGGAGCUGAAGGCCCCGUUGUUCUAGACAUCUCUCGCACCGCCGUCAGUGCCUUACCAGAGAGCAUGCUGAAGAGUCUGAAGCUGCUGACGGCCAUCUCCGUCUACUCUCUCCGAUGGUUACCCAGUCUGGAGUUGUUUUCCGAGCUCACUCAGGCCAAUCUGACAUACCCCAGCCACUGCUGUGCGUUCAAAAAUUUCAAAAAGAACAAGUCAGAGAAAAACCAUUUGUGCAGCGAUCCUGCUCUCCGUAACCUGGAGCCAUACUUUUUUGAGGAACACUGCAAGGAUGUGACAGAAGUGAGCUGCUACCCGGAACCAGAUGCCUUCAACCCAUGUGAGGACAUAAUGGGCUUCACCUUCUUGCGGGUCCUCAUCUGGUUCAUCAGCAUCCUGGCCAUCGUUGGCAACUUCAUUGUUCUCCUGGUGCUACUCAGUAGCUGUUACAAGCUGACGGUGCCCAGGUUCCUCAUGUGCCACCUGGCCUUUGCUGACCUCUGCAUGGGCAUUUACUUGCUCAUGAUCGCUGCGGUGGACAUCCAGACCCGUUCCCACUAUUAUAACCAUGGCAUCGACUGGCAGACUGGCCCUGGCUGCAGGGCGGCCGGCUUCUUCACAGUUUUCGCCAGCGAACUGUCUAUGUACACUUUGACGGCCAUCACACUGGAGCGCUGGCACACCAUAACUCAUGCUAUGCAGCUGGAGCGGCAGCUUCGUCUGCGCCAUGCAUGCGCGCUCAUGGCGGUCGGCUGGCUCUUUGCUGUGCUGAUCGCACUGCUGCCCAUGGUGGGUGUGAGCAGCUACAUGAAGACCAGCAUCUGCCUGCCCAUGGAUGUGGAGACAGCGCUGUCGCAGGGAUAUGUGAUACUACUGCUGCUGCUCAAUGUAGCCGCCUUCCUGUGCGUGUGCGUCUGCUACCUGCGCAUCUACGUGACCGUGCGCAACCCUGCCUUUGUGCACUCUCACGCUGACAUGCGUGUGGCCAAGCGUAUGGCUGUGCUCAUCUUCACCGACUUCUUGUGCAUGGCACCCAUCUCCUUCUUCGCCAUCUCUGCGGCGCUCAAGCUGCCGCUCAUUACCGUGUCGCACGCCAAGUUGCUGCUGGUUCUCUUCUACCCCAUCAACUCAUGUGCCAACCCCUUCCUCUACGCUUUCUUCACCAAGACCUUCAAGAAGGACUUCUUCAUGCUGGCUAGUCGCUUCGGCUGCUUCAAGACACGCGCACACAUCUACCGCACAGAGACCUCUUCGGGCCAAAAUGGGGUGGCCGGUUUCUCCAAAGACCAGCGACGGAACGCUGUACUCAUUGGUGCAGCUCAGUCACUCUCACUGAGCCUGUCUGACCCCCUCAUGCCUUAGAGGACUUCCACAACUGCGAGCUACAAGCUGCUCUCAUCGUGUUCCCUUACGUUCCCUUCUGUGCUGCUUGGACUUCGAAACAACAAACAGGAAAAAAGAAAAUUAAUAUAUUCCUACCAUGUACAAUUUCCUACUAUUAAAUUGAAUAAUUCCACGGUAGCUCUUGCGUCUUUAGUCUUAAAGGAAUAGUUUGGCAAACAAUCAAACCAACUUAGCUUUCUCCUAAACUUAAAAGAGAAUUCCACCUUUUUUCUUUUUACAUUCUCUACAUUAUAAAGUCAUUCAAAGAGGUUUGAUGUGAAAUUCUCUGUUCUAGAGAAACAAAUCGAGACCAAAUUUUUCACAGUGGUGGUGAUUUGAACCAGCUGUCCAAAGAGUUUAAGGCCCUUAAAAGUAACCUUGCGGGAAACCUUGUGUCAAAAUUUCCACAAAAUGAAAUUAAGAUGUAAACAGGGUCAUUCUGCAUGGUCUGAUGUGAAGUAUUCCAUUCUACAAAAGCUUGGUCACAGUGGUGAGGAUAGCAUCUGGUGUUUAAUGCCUGUAAACGUGACCGCAUGGAAAGAUAUUACAUGAAAUGGUUAUGAAUACACUGUCUGAAACCUAACACACUGUUUUACGAUAGUUUUGAGAAAAGAAGUUGGCUUAAAAUUGAUUUUCAACAUACAUUCAGAGUACAUGCAGGGUGUUCUAGGCCAAAUUAGUAUUUUUCCAGAUUUACCACUAUUUUGCCAUUAUCAACAUUACAUUUAAAAACUUUAAAUAUGAAAAAAGGACAUAUGUAGAUUCAUUGGUCAUUUUGCAUAGUGAAUAAAUUGGUCAUAUCUGUGCUGCAGACAUCGUGACUCCUGGUUCCUAUCACCAACACUUUAAAGAAAACAAAUUCAGUAAGUUUUUCUACAAUUAAUAAUUUCACAUCAAAUCACCCUGAAAGACUUUUACACAGAAAUUUAGAAAAAUUUGUGGAAUUCCCCCUUAAUGAAGUCAUUCAGCAGUGGCAUGUCUUGCGUCCUUAGUUUACAUCUUUUGUUUUUGCACUCAAGCUGUGCUAAUGUAGCUAACAAGUAAUGGAAGCUAAUACAACUCUGUUUCCAAAACAGUUGGGAUGCUGUGCAAAAUGUACAUACAAACAAUGCAGUGAUAUGCAAAUCAUUUAACCCUAUAUUUAACUGAGAAAAGUACAAAGACAACAUUUCAAAUGUUGAAACUGAGAAAUGCUUUUGCUCUUUGAAAAUGAUAUGCCCAUUUGAAUUUGAUGCCAGAAACGCCAAACACCAAAAA